GUGGAUUUCGUGCAAGUGGUCCGUAACGCCUGCAAGGAGAUUGGUUACGAUGAUGAAGCUAAGGGUCUCGAUUACAGGACUAUGGAAGUCCUCAACAAGCUCGAGGAGCAGAGUCCUGAGAUCGGCCAGUCUGUUCACGGACUGGGAACUAAGGCCCCUGAGGAGAUCGGUGCCGGAGACCAAGGUCACAUGUUUGGUUACGCUUCUAAUGAGACUCCUGAACUCAUGCCUUUGAGCCACAGUCUAGCCACUAAGCUGGGUCAUCAGCUUACUGUUUGCAGAAAGAACGGUACCGUUAAGUGGUUAAGACCUGAUGGAAAGACUCAAGUAACUGUAGAGUAUACUAAAGGCACUAGUGGGGAGAUGAUCCCCGUUAGAGUCCACACCAUCCUUAUUUCUACUCAACACUGCCCUGAAGUCAGUCAAGAGCAGAUCCAUUCGGAUUUGAUGGAGUAUAUAAUAAAGCCUAUUGUCCCUAAGCAGUACCUUGAUGAGGAGACCAUAUACCACUUGAACCCCAGCAAGUCGUUUACUAUUGGUGGACCUCAUGGUGAUGCUGGUCUUACUGGUCGUAAGAUUAUUAUUGAUACUUAUGGUGGCUGGGGAGCACACGGUGGUGGAGCUUUCUCUGGCAAGGAUUCCACUAAGGUUGAUAGAUCGGCAGCAUAUGCAGCUCGAUGGGCAGCAAAGUCCCUGGUCCAUGCCGGACUGUGCCAGCGUUGCUUGGUCCAGGUCAGUUAUGCUAUUGGAGUUGUCCAGCCAUUGAGUCUCUUCGUGGACUC